AUGAGGAAGAUCAGUGCAUCCACAGUCAUCCGCGGCAAAAGGAAGAACAUAACAACUCAACCAGAAGAUGAAGUUGGACAAAAUCAAUCUACCAAUCUAGAAAUCCAUUUUGAUAAAGAGAAUCAUAUCAACUUUAGAGAUCAUGACACUUCAAUACCAUUACAAGAAUUCAACACCCCGUCAAGCAAUCAAAUGAAAGGUAAUCAAAACAAUCAUUUGCCAAGCACUUCAAAGUCCAUUUUGACAUGCAACAACACUUUAACAACGAAUAAGAGGCGUGUACUUAGGCCUCUUCGUAACAAUAUGGAAACCCCAUCUAGCACCGUGACUAAUGGUAUUGGCUAUUUUCUUUUAACUGAUGAACAAUUACUCAUAUACAACAAAGUGAUUGUGGAUGUUGAAUCUAAUAAAGGUGGUUUGUUCUUUGUUUAUGGAUAUGGUGGAACUGGCAAGACAUUUUUAUGGAGGACACUGUCGGCUGCUUUAAGGUCAAAGGGACAAGUUGUUUUGAAUGUAGCAUCAAGCGGUAUAGCCUCGCUACUUUUACCGGGUGGAAGGACUGCACACUCAAGAUUUUCUAUCCCCAUUGCAGUGAAUGAAGACCCAACUUGCAACAUUAGCCAAGGUAGUCCACUUGCUGAAUUGAUUAUAAAAGCUAAGUUAAUCAUAUGGGAUGAAGCUCCGAUGAUGCACAAACAUUGUUUUGAAGCAUUAGAUCGGACAAUGAGAGACAUAUUGCGAUUCACCAAUCCAAAAAGCUUAGAAAUGUCUUUUGGUGGAAAAACAGUGGUACUUGGAGGUGAUUUUAGACAAAUACUACCAGUUAUACCAAAAGGCAGCAGACAAGAAAUAGUACAAGCAAGUAUAAACUCAUCAUACUUGUGGAGUAAUUGCGAAGUACUACGCUUAACCAAGAAUCUUAGGUUGCGUGGAAUUUCAAGUGCAGAAGAAGUUGCUAAGUUAAACAGCUUUGCAAAAUGGAUUGCUGAUCUAGGAGAUGGAAAUUUAGGAGAAGAGAAAAAUGGUGUCUUCAAUAUAAGGAUUCCAGAUAAUUUUGUUUUAAGAAAUGAAGUUGACCCCAUAGCAGAAAUUGUCCAACGCACAUUUCCUUCAUACGGUCAUGGUCAAUUUGAUCAUAAAUUUUUAGAGUCCCGAGCUAUAUUAGCUCCAACAUUAGAUGUUGUGGACAAGGUGAAUGAAUACAUGAACAGUAUGAAUGAUGCAACUUCCAAGACAUAUUUGAGCUGUGAUUCGGUUUGCAAGUCAGAUACAAGUUCUGAUAUGUUAUCGGAGGUUCACACUACAGAGUUCCUUAACAGUUUGAGAUGCUCCGGUGUUCCAAACCAUUCUUUAACAUUAAAGGUUGGAUCGCCAAUUAUGCUGCUCAGAAAUAUAGACCACUCAUUGGGAUUGUGCAAUGGUACAAGGUUGAUCAUUACACAAUUAGGAAACCAUGUCAUUGAAGCUCAAAUUCUGUGUGGCAACAAUGCAGGCACCAGGGUAUUAAUACCAAGAUUGGGAUUGACUCCUUCUGACCCAAGACUAUCGUUUAAAUUUCAGAGGAAGCAAUUUCCAAUAUUGUUGUCAUAUGCUAUGACAAUAAACAAGAGUCAAGGACAAACUUUAUCUAAUGUCGGACUACUAUUAAAGAAACCCGUGUUUAACCAUGGACAGUUGUAUGUAGCAGCAUCUCGGGUAAGUAAUCCAGAUGGGCUGAAAAUCUUAAUAUGUGGAGACUCGAAUGUGGGUUUGAACACUACAGAAAAUGUAGUGUACAAAGAAAUUUUCAAUAAUUUGUAA